GCGGGACAGUUUGCACUUGGACCUACAGAUGAGAGUCGAGGUGGUGAGGUUCUUUGCAUGGAUCAAUGGAGUGGAGAGUACUGGGCGAGGAUAAGGAGGAGUUGAGAAAGAUAAUAAAACCUUAUGCUUCGGAGGUAUAUCCCAAUGUUGUGCAUGGAUUGGUUACUGAGACCUAUUGCAUGGUUUGAAUUGCUGGCUAUUCCAAGCUAUGCCCGAGCUCGAGACAUUCCUAACGGAAGUCGAGAGGGUGUGAUUAUCGGUGAUACGGCGCAUGCUUCGAAGCCGAAUGGUGGGCAAGGAGGAUCGCUCUCUCUUGAAGAUGCUGCUACCCUCGCAAUCGCAAUCAAGAAAGCAAUACCAUGAGCAAUUUUGGAAAUGCUAUGCAGAUCCUUACUCGACGGGAUACUGCUCGGGUUCAGAGAAUUGAGUGUGUUGGGAAUGCAUAUGGGGCCGGAUGACCCUUUCGCAAGAGAGGGUUGGAUGAAAGAGAGUGAUCAACUUUACUGGCUAUAUGGGUAUGAUACUGAGAAUAUUGAAGCAAUGCUGUAGAUGAGGUGAGGAGGAGAUUAGAUGACUGUUCUACAAACCUUUGUUUGGUUGGCGAUGCUGAUGCUUAGCGAGAACUUGAUUUCGAUCGCUCGGGGAUAUGAUGGAUAUCAAGGCCACUUUGAUAACUUUAUAUGGUUGUCCGAUGUUGGGGAGCUAAAAAAAAAAAACACAGACAAGAGCUCAAACCUCA